AGUAGUGUUUCACAAUCAAGUCUGCGUUCCGCUGAGGUAAGCAACACAAAGGGCAGGUACCCGUGGCCUUUUCUCUGCACUCCAGUGAGCAUGGCUUUCCUGUCCGUGUUCACGCCUGUUCUGGCGGUGGUUUUAUGCCUGGUGAUAGGCUUCGUGCUGGUGAAAUCAUGGGACACAGAGUCCACAUCUCCAGGCAAAAGUAAAGGGGCGACAAAAGGGGAGAAAAGACCAUGGGUGGACCAGGACUUACAGGACGAUACAGAAAUCACAGCAAAAGAAGACGAUGGUGAUGCUGAUGAUGAUUGGGGGGACAGCACUGAAGAGGAGAACCUCACACAACUGCCUUAUUCACCGCAGCGAUACCCUGAGGAGACAAUGCUGCAAAGGUCCAAGGAGUUUUACACUUUGAUGAACCAACGGAGGUCUGUCCGAUUCAUCAGCCCGGAGCCUGUCCCACGGGAAGUCAUCGAUAAUGUCAUCCACACUGCAGGUACAGCACCUAGCGGAGCACACACAGAACCCUGGACGUUCAUUGUGGUGUCAGAUCCAGAUAUAAAGCAUCAAAUUAGACUGAUAGUUGAAGAGGAGGAGGAGAUGAACUACCGCCAGAGGAUGGGGGAAAAAUGGGUUCAGGAUUUGGCCAAAUUGAGGACAAAUUGGAUUAAGGAGUACUUGGAUGUUGCUCCAUAUCUGAUCCUCAUCUUUAAACAGACCUACGGGCUUCUCCCAAAUGGCAAGAAGAAAACACACUACUACAACGAAAUCAGCGUGUCCAUAUCCUGUGGGAUCCUCCUGGCUGCAUUACAGAAUGCGGGUCUUGUUACCGUCACAUCUACGCCCCUCAACUGCGGCCCCAAACUCAGACUUUUACUUAAACGCCCAGCGAACGAGAAGCUGCUGAUGCUACUUCCUGUUGGUUAUCCUGCCUCCGAUGCUACUGUGCCUGACUUGAAACGCAAGCAUCUGGAUGAUAUUUUGGUGCACGUGUGAGAAAAUGAGAUGCAAAAAGCAGGCUGUUUUAUUUGUCUUCAUCAAAUUCUUUGCCUGUAGCUGAGAAAUCAACCAAGCAGAUGCCUGAUGAGACUUAGAAGUGCUUUCACAGUAGAGAGAAGCAGAGAGUGAGGCUUCUUUAGAUCAGUCUUUAAAUGUUUAAGAUAGACAAUCAAGAGAGGAUGGCAUGAAUCUCUCAUAGCUUACUAAUCGCUAACCUAGCUUUUGAAGGCAAAGUAGUGAACAUUUGGUUGGCUUAUUUGGGUUUAGCAUAUUUCUAUCAUGCAAAUUUCAAAUAAAUAACCAGCAAAAA